AUGGUGGUGACGUCUUUCUCUUCACCGCCGCCUAUCUUCUUCUCCCUUGGAGCUGAUCCUCAGCUUUCUUCUUCCAAUGGCCGCUUCGCGAUUCCCUCGUCUUUAUCUUCCUACUUUCUCGUAAAGGGACUAAGAAGACACCAAGAUGCAAAGCUGGUGGGAAGCAGAGCCAGAGGUGGAGCAGUUCGAGUCCUAGCAAAUCCCAAUGCAACUCCUCCAGGUCCAGGGAAAGCAAAGGUGAAAAAAGAGGUAUUCAUGGUAGACCCUCUUGAGGCUAAAAGGUUAGCAGGAAAGCAAAUGGAAGAGAUUAAAGGCAGAGAGAGGCAACAAAGAAGGCGUGAAAUAGAGGCUAUAAACGGAGCUUGGGCAGUCAUAGGACUCCUGAUAGGUCUUGUGAUCGAAGCACAAACCGGAAAAGGGAUUCUUGCUCAGUUGGCUGGUUAUUGGUCUGCGGUUCUGAAUGUAUUCAUUCCAUCAACACCGAAUCUCCCUCAGUAG